AUCAGUUAUUGGUGGCAACAAUCGCAAAUGCUGUGACAUGACGUCUUUUUUCUCGGACCAGGGCCUCCGGAUCAGCAAACACAUCCAAUGGCCGAGUUCAUUGUCAUCCCUCUCCACCUGUCUGUUCAUCGCCGGUAUACCUCCCCCUCUCUCUCUCCUCGCCGCCUUUUGUACAACAUCUUUACCUAGUUUAUCACUAUGUUGAGCUUUAUCGCAGAUCUGUUCCCUGCCGUUUACGCUGAAGAAAAGCGGGAGGAUACCGCUUCUGCUGCCGCCGAGGAGCAGGAGGAGGCGGCUGAGGUUCCCGCAGCUGAGGAGGAAGAGGAGGAGCCAGAGGAUAUCAAACCCACUAUCGAGGAGGCCUGCGGCGAGACCUCUGCGUGUGCGCCACUGAAACACCACCUGGACGAGUGCACACGCCGUGUUCAGGGAGAGGGCGCGCACGAGGACUGCAUUGAGGAGUUGUACCACUUCUUGCACUGUGUUAACGAAUGCGCCGUUCCUAAAUACUUCGACAAACUUGUCUAGAUCACCUCAUUAUUCCCAUAAAGCAUAAAUAUAUCUGCAAAGCAAUCG